AUGCCAACCCCUUCGCUUCGCCAAGUCAUUGGAAUCCCCAAUUCGACAGCAUCGGUCAAAGACUCCGUCCUUGUCAUCAUCGACGCUCAGGACGAGUACAUCUAUGGUAGUCUCCCAGCUCAAGAUUACAAAGAGGUCAAUGUCGCAAUCUCCAGCCUUCUGGAGAAAUACCGGGAGCAAAACGGCCACGUCGUACAUGUCCUGCACGACACUGGCUCCGAUGAAGCACCCAUUUUCAAGCCCAAUGGCAAACUUACCAAAGAGAUGGAUGGUGUUGGAGCCAUCAAAGGCGAGGCCAUCGUAUGGAAGAAACAUGCUGGGUCAUUUUCGGAGACAAAUCUAGCAGAGAUUGUCAAGAAGACUGGACUCCGGAAACUUGUUCUCACGGGAUACAUGGCACAUGGUUGUGUAUCAAGUACCGCUCGUGAAGCGACUACGUUAGGUUACGAGACCCUUGUUGUUGAAGAUGGUGUUGGACAGCGCGAUAUGAAGGACAUCCCCGCCGGGCAGGUGAAAAAGGUUGCUUUGACAGAGAUUGAUGACAUGUUUGGAACGGUUGUGAAGGCCUCAGACAUCAAUUAA